GCGAGGCUCUUUCUCGCGCCUCCACAUCUCUAUCAUCGACACGCUGUAUAGUGAGCAUAGAUAACGGCAUAGUCUACGAGGUAUCUGCUCUGUAUUCAGAGCUUCUCGCGCCGAAACGAUUGACUUAGCGCGGUAGGUCUCUGUUUGCCUCACUGCUGAUUGUCUCUUCCAUUCGUCACCAACACACCAAUUUGCUCUGGCUUGCUCCUACCUUUUCUACUUCAGAUCUUGCAUGCCCUUUGCUCAGAUCAUUCAUCAUUCUUCAACAUGGAUAUAGACAAGAUCUCUUUCCCUACUCGUCUUCUUGACGUUCUCGAAGCCAUUGCAGAAGCACACUUCGUGUCUUUCGAUCUUGAGCUCUCAGGUGUGCCUGUCAAGGGACAAGCAAAGGAGAAACCGGGCAAGCCUUCACUGCAAGAACGCUACCUCGAAACCAAGAGAGCUGCUGAGCAAUUUCAGAUCUUGCAGAUCGGUAUCACAUGCGUUGAGGACGAUGUGCUCCAGAAUGCUUAUGUCUGCAAACCUUUCAACUUCAACCUCAGUCCCAUCAUUGAGGAGCGUCUAGAUGUCGAUCGCACUUUUUCCUUUCACAGCGGAGCCGCCGAAUUCCUGCUCGGCGUCGGCUUCAAGUUCGAUCUUCCCUUUACAUCUGGAGUUCCUUACCUUUCCAGAGACGAGGCUCAAAUCGCAGGAGACAGAGCUGCUGCGAGGGACGACAAGUCGUCGUUCACCGAUAUAGAAAUCAAGCCCGAGGACGUUCAAGCUCUGGAGUUUCUUCGUAGAGUCCGUUCAGAGGUCGAUGACUGGUUGAAGACUGGCCAGCCGAGUGCCCAUUCUGUCGUCAUCGCUCCCCUUGAGUCCAACGGAGAUGCCAACCCUGAGCUGAAUCGCUUCGAAAGACGACUAGUACAUCAGAUUAUUCGUGCAGAGUACUCGGAUCUCGUCAGCAUUCCCAACAAAGGCCUUGUACGCGUUUCCAGACUUGACCCCGAGCGUGAAGAGUACAUCAAGGCUCAGCGUAAAAGAGAAGUACAGGAACGAAUUGUUCGUCAGACUGGCUUCAGGUGGAUCGUGGAGGCUCUUUGCGGAAACCCUCCAGAAGGCAUUGAUGUCAGAUCUUUUGCCCAAACUCCCGGAGGCGUUCCCGCAUUUGUCGACUUAGAUGCCCUCAGGUCGCGCUUCAGUCGUGCUAAGCACAUGAUUCGCAAUAAGAAGACUGCUCUGUUUGGUCACAACCUUUUCCUCGAUCUCAUCUACUUUUACAGAACCUUUAUUGGUGCGUUGCCGGACACUGUCGAGGAGUUUGGCUCCCUGAUUCAUGAGCUGUUCCCCAUUAUUGUCGAUACAAAGUACAUGGCAACACACAACUGCGGAGACAUCAACCCUCAGUCAUCGCUUGAACAGAUAGCAUACAAGCUCUCACAACAACAGAAGCCCAAUGUCAUCACUCACGAACAGUACAACAAGUAUACCGACACUACAGCGUUCCACGAAGCUGGUUACGACAGUAUGCUCACAGCCGAAGUUGCCGUGCGUCUCUCAGCCAAGCUCGAACUUGCAGGAAGCCAUGACCACGACGAGCAGCAAAACACAACCCCACCCACACCACCUGACUUUGACGGUGGCGGUGUCCAGCUCUCUGAGAGUAAUGUGUCUUCCGUUAUCGGAACAGCCAUCGAUAGUGUCAAGGGCCUUCUCGCAGGGCCGUUCAAAGUAUUGGGGCAAACCAAGUCACCGGAUGAGAACAGCGUACAAACAGAAAGAGAAUCCACCAUCUCAACAACAGAAGACACACUUGCAGAGCAGACUGCCGAACUGGAAGUCACGGAGAACGAGUCGGGUACAACAAGCAAAAAGUCAAAGAAGAACAAAAAGAAGAAGAGGAGCAAGGCAAAGACCGCGACCGCCGCACCUCAAGCACAUCAAGGAGGUCGCUUCGCCCAUGCCACAGCCUUUGACUCACUCCAAGACACCGUCGACGUUUCCGAAUCCGAAGACGUGACGACACCAGAAGAGGUGCUAGAGUUUGACGCUCUGCCCUCGGACGACGCACACGCAUCCGAUCCCGUCGUCGCAGAUACAGAUGGUAUCUCUGACCCUCGAGUCGGCACGUCAUGGGACGGUAUCCCUGUACUGGCACAAAACGAUGCUUGGAAGGCGCGUGAAGCUGAGGUUGGCACUGUGAUGCCUGCUUUCACAUCAGAUUUCUGGAAGGUGUAUGGUAACAAGUUACGUGUAUUCGGCACACAGGAGGGAGUCGCCAUGCUCAAAUGAAGGAGGGAAAGAAGAAAAGUAGAAGCAUUCACUUGACUGCGAAGAGGGGAUAAGCUCACCAUGAUUGGGAUGAGAUGAGUCUAUCCCGCUCCGAGAGUCUGUGAUAGAAACCCAGAGACAACACACGAGUCUACUGUCACUUUCUCUCUCGCGUCUGAGAGGUUUACUGAGAAGUCAGCAGUCGGGCCUUGAAAAUAUGUGAUGCUGCUGACCAGCAAAUCUCUCUUUUCCGAAAGAAGUACAAAGUGAACACUUAGAUAAAAAAAAAACCUUGUCUCUUUGAUAGCGGGGAAAUGACAACAAACACUCACUGUUUCUUACCACCGUCAAAUCAUGCCUCUUUGCUGAGGGAAAGGUGCUUUUCACUUGUUACCUCUCGGGGGACCGAUUGUGAUAUUUC